AAAAUGAAGUAUGCUGGUUGGGUGAACCGUGAGGCAUCACCAUACGAUCACAUGACCAUGCACACGACUGUACACAUGCGUGCACGUGUAACUAAUGGCUCUUACUCUCAAAUGUAAAUAUGGCUGUCGAAUGCAGUAAAACAAAUGGUGUUAAAACCAUGUUAGGGAAAAUCGCUCUUAUUACAGGUGGCAGUUCGGGCAUCGGCGCAGCAACUGCAGUCCACUUUUCAACUGUCGGAUAUAAACUGGCGAUUACAGCAAGAUCUGUCGAAGGACUGGAAGCUAUUGCAAUACAAUGUAGAAAGAACGUGGCAAAAGAUGAUGUUUUAGUGAUCGAAGCAGACGUCAAUAAUGAACAAGAUGUGAAGAAAGUGGUUGAUUCGACUGUUAAGCAUUUUGGUCAACUUGAUGUUUUGGUCAACAGCGCUGGUAUUCUCAGUCGUGGUACCAUUGAGACGGCUACUUUAGAUGACUACGAUAAAGUAAUGAACACAAACAUGAGGUCAGUUUACCAUAUAACUCAACUUUGUGUGCCACAUCUCAUCAAAAGUAAAGGUUGCAUCGUCAACGUCUCUAGUGUGACAGGAAUGAGAUCGUUUGCAGGAGUGUUGCCCUAUUGCAUAUCUAAAGCAGCCAUGGAUCAAUUCACACGAUGUGUUUCACUAGAAUUGGCAGAAAAGCAAGUUCGCGUGAACAGUGUUAAUCCUGGGGUCAUCAACACUGGAAUGCAUACAAGAGGCAUCGAGCCUUUAGAUCAGGCUUCUUUUGACAAGUUUUUGGAGCACAGUAAAACGACGCAUGCGUUGGGCCGUGUGGGAGAUCCGGAAGAAGUUGCCAAGACCAUCGCAUUCCUCGCUUCGGAUGACGCUAGUUUUAUAACUGGUUCGACGAUUCCUGUGGAUGGCGGUCGUCAUGCGAUGUGUGCCCGAUGAUAAAGCUGUGAAAGUGAUUUUAUCAUUAAAAAUGUCGUUCAAUGUG